AUGAAUUCUCUCCUAGCUUCUUCAUUAAGCGCCUUAACACACACUUGUACAACAAGUAAAUAUUUCAACCUUGUUCUCACAUCUAGACAACAACGCCAUUUUCUAUUCAUCUCCUCUAAAUUCAAAAUACCCACGUUAAUUCCACGCUGUUCCACCUCCUCUAAUGGAUCCAACAAUAGUCCUUCAGAUGAAUCUUUUCUUCAAAACAGCAACUUUCAUACUGAAGUCACAAACCCCCAAGCUUCUAACUUCAAUUCUCUUGUGCCCAAGUUUACCUUCACUGACCAAGCUUUCUUUCUCCUCGCAUUCAUCGCCUGCUCGACUUCAGUGGCAUUCACUGGCCUUGUUUGUGCAGCUGUUCCCACUUUACUUGCGAUGAGAAAAGCUGCAAUAUCGCUUUCAAAGCUAGCCGAUACGGCCCGCGAGGAACUCCCAAGCACCAUGACUUCCAUUAGGCUUUCGGUGAUGGAAAUGAAUGAUCUGACACUAGAAUUAAGUGAACUCAGCCAGGAAAUAACAGAAGGAGUCAACAAGUCAGCUCAAGCUUUGCAAGCAGCAAAAACUGGAAUUCAACAUAUUGGUUCUGUGGCACAACAACAAACUAUGUCCAUGAUCGAAGAGAGAGCGAAUUUGCCCGAAAUAUCUCUGGGACCUGCGGUUGCUGGAGCCGCAAGAAAGACUACAAGAGCAGUUGGUCGAGCCACAAAGAGCUUGUUGAACAUGAUUUCAAGAAGAGAAAACACAAGCGAAUAUGAUGAUGACUUAACCUACAUGUGA